AUGGUUGGGAAGAAACUUGCUUGGCUCGUCCAGGACGCCUGGGAGGUCUCCGAGCUCUUCGCGCCCCACCUCGCCAUCCUCGCCUUCCCCGCAGUUGGCAAACCCCUCCUCUUCGGCAACCCCACCCUCGACUCCGUCCUCCGCAGUGUCUUCCUCGACGCCGACGCCGGGACCGAGACGGCGGACGAGGCCGCGGCGCGGGUGGCGGCGGUGAGGCGUGAGGCGGGGUGGAUCGAGGCGCAGGUCUCGCACGAGCAGGCGCGGCUGCGCGCCGUCGCGGAGAAGGUCAAGGCGGCGCAGGAGGAACAGGGGAGGGCGCACUGGUGGGAGGUGGAUGUGGACGCGCUCCGGGAGGCAGAGCUCCCCGAGUUCGCCACGGCGCUCGAUGCUCUCAGGGCCGACGUUCUGCGGCGCCUCGCCAAGCUGGCCGAAGCCCGGAAGCCACCGCGGCGGCAGUGGUAG